GUCAGAUCUUUCCUACCCUUCCACACAUUUUGGGGUUCACUUUUUCGUCGAAAUCGAUUCAAAUUUGAUUCGUUGUGGACCAAUUCCACUGUCAGAAACAAAGGCGAAUAUAGACACUACACUCAGGGUCUCAGAAUGAAACCCUUCCGAAACAUAGGGGAAAUCAGGAGCCUUCAUUGGACUUUAAAGUGAGGACCUCCUGAGUUUUCCUAGAAUCAACUCAAUGGAAACGACGUCGCGAGACUCAGAAUACUCUUACUUGGACCUUGCACGAAGGAGCGGGGAGAGUCUAGUAACCGUCGAGGCUCAUCGUCCUGCCGUAUCAGAGGUUCGGAAUUCGCAGCAGCCACACUUCGUACCAGCACCUCUUGCCCCUCCUGUGUACUCUUCCACUUCGUCGAUUCCCUUACAAAAUGUCACCGUCAUGGGCUCUCACUCCCUUUACGGAUUUCCUAGAGUGUCCGAGAGCAUGCCUUCCUUCGCCUCCCCAAAUACAGUGUAUGUAACUCAGUCACGACGACCAGUCUCGCAAGUACACUCUGGCGAUAUCAAUUAUCUAUCUUCACCCCCCGGGAUCAGCCAAUUAUCUCUUCGAGCGACCGAAAUACCUCGUCAGUUCACAGCCAAGUCUCUCAUCGAACCCCCCCAUCAACCUCCACGAACGGACCAGUUCACCUCUCUCCGAGGACCGCCGUCCAUCGUCAACCCCCAACCGAUACCAACCUUCUCCUCCAACCUCGUCGCUUCACAGCCUCUUCCAACCCCGGACAUGUCGACAAACUUCAAGGGGACCAGAAAUGCGAGAUGUCUGCCAACAGGGGUGGACGGCAUGAGAACUUGGAGUACGGGACUACUCAACUGUUACCAAGAGCACACUUGUGACGAUUGGUGUCUCGCGUUUUGGUGCCCCUGCGUUAUGUAUGGGAGGAACAAGAAUCGUUUAGAUCAUCUCUCUCAGCGGAACAGGCCAGAUUCUAUUAGUCGCGAUGCGACUUGCAAUGUUGAUUGCUGUCUUCAUUGUUGUCUAUCCAGUUUUUGCCUUUUUGGUUGGGCGCUUGAAGUGCCCAAUCGUGCUGUUGUGCGCGCUAGAUACAAUAUCAGGGGAUCGGUUAUGAAAGAUUUCUGUUCUUCGCUAUGGUGUUCGUCUUGCGUCCUGGCUCAGGAAAGUUCAGAACUCGAACUGGAGGAGAAAAGUUUCCCUCGUGAAGUCUCCAGGAUUGUGGAUGAUGGAGUAUCCAGGGUCAUUAUCGCUUGA